AUGACUGCUUUGGAUGAUAAACUGCUUGGUGAGAAGCUCCAGUAUUACUACAGCAGUAGUGAGGGAGAGGAUGAAGACAGUGAGAAAGAAGAUAAAGAAGGGGAGAGCACCAUUCCUGAAGGCGUUGGGGAGGUAGAGCUUAGCAGCGAUGGCAGCGCAGUCAACACAGGUCCCAAAGGCGUCAUUAACGACUGGCGAAGAUUUAAACAACUGGAAACCGAACAGCGGCAGGAGCAGCGCCGAGAAAUGGAACGACUCAUUAAAAAGUUAUCUAUGACGUGUAGAUCUCACUUAGAUGAAGAGACUGAGAAGCAGAAGCAGAAGGAGCUUCAGGAAAAAAUCAACGGAAAGAUGACGUUACAAGAAUAUAACAUGAUUCACAAUGAUGAAGAUGAUGAGGAAUUUUUACAGCGGUACAGGAAGCAGCGAAUGGAGGAGAUGAGGCAGCAGUUGUGCAGCGGGCAGCAAUUUAAACAGGUUUUUGAGAUUACUAGUGGCGAAGCGUUUUUGGACACAGUUGAUAAAGAGCAUAAGAGCACGCUGAUCAUGAUCCAUAUUUAUGAAGACAAUAUCCCUGGCACUGAAUCCCUGAAUGGCUGUAUGAUCUGCCUGGCCGCUGAGUAUCCAACAGUGAAAUUUUGCAGAGUUAAGAGCUCGCUCAUUGGUGCUAGCGCUCGCUUUACUAACAAUGCCCUGCCAGCUCUGCUCAUCUAUAAGGCAGGUGAGCUCAUUGGCAAUUUUGUGCGAAUCACUGACCAGCUUGGAGAAGAUUUUUUUGCUGUAGACCUGGAGGCUUUUUUGCAGGAAUGUGGUUUGCUUCCAGAAAAAGACCUAGUGCUCCUGACUUCUAUACACAAUCCAUCUGCAUGUUACAGUGAGGACAGUGAUCUGGAAAUUGACUGAACCACUUAGACCAGGGGGCCAGUGGGUGUAGUUGUACCGUGGGAUGUUCUUGUGCUAGGGAUUGUUCUCUUUCUUCCUUAGUGUGGGUAUGGAUUCUUCCCACUCAUGCACUUCGACUUUGCUCGUUAAAAAUAACGUAAGGGAUUCCUA